AUGUUUAUUGCCUAUUUGAUCAUUCUAUGCUAUUGCACAAUUGCCCUAACUGAUAUUGUUGACCUAUUAAUAUCUACAAAUGAUACCAGAAGUUUAGAAAAUGAAUCUUUGAUUACUCCUGUAGAAAAUAUCGCCUCUAAGUUAGAUAAAAUUGCCAACAAAAGUGUUGAUCUCGAAUAUUUUAAACAAGAAAGUUUUGCCAAUAAUUCUGAUACGUUUCUAUCAUUUGAUGAGUGGAAAAAGAUUAAAGAACAAGAAAUAAUUAAUAACCAAAAAUUUAUAGAUAGAUCUCUAGAUAUUCGUACUGGAGUUGAUACAUCAUGUUAUGGUGAAAAAGAAUGUGUUGGCGAAGAAAUGGAAAUUGAUCUAAACCUUUUUAGUUCUUCUGAUUAUCCAAACACGGAACCUGAGGGUAAAAUAUAUAAUGAUAAAUUCAAUUAUGCAUCUCUUGAUUGUGCUGCCACAAUAGUUAAAACAAAUUCUGAAGCAUCUGGCGCCUCUUCAAUUCUAAUAGAAAAUAAAGAUAAAUAUUUAUUAAAUUUAUGUUCUGCACCAAAUCAAUUUUUUAUAAUAGAAUUAUGUGAAGAUAUAUUAGUAGAACAAAUAGUUAUGGCCAAUUUUGAAUACUUUUCCUCUAAUUUCAAAAAUUUUGUUGUUUCUGUAUCAGAUAGGUUCCCAGUCCCAAGAAAUGGUUGGACAAAGUUAGGUGAAUUUAAAGGGACCAAUUCUAAAAGUUUACAAAGAUUCAAUAUUUCAAAUCCUCAAAUAUGGGCCAAGUACUUACGAAUUGAAAUUUUAAAUCAUUAUGACGAUGAAUUUUACUGUCCUAUAUCCUUGAUUAGAGUUCAUGGUAAAACAAUGAUGGAUGAAUUUAAGUCACAAGUAUUAGAAGAUCAAAAACAAGGAUCUAGUCUAGAAAAACAGAUUGUUAACAAUAAUGCUAAUGGCAUCGAUACCAAUGAAACAAAUGCUGCUAAUAGGGAAUAUGAAUUAAUUGAAACUACAAAGAGGGAAUCAGAUACAACAAGGAGUGAACCUUCUUCAACAAAAUCUAUAAAGUCAAAAAUGACUGAACGAAAGUAUAUAAUGGAAAGUGAUCUGUUAGAUGAACCAAAUAAUUGGCCAUAUAUUAACGCUGAAAAUAAAACUCUUAUCCCACAGUUACCAGAUCCUAUGGAAUGGUAUGAAUCUAUCUUAGAACCGUUACGUUUUGAGGAAUUUUUAAAAGAGUUAAGUCCAGAUUUAUUUAAUUGUGAUCCUUCUGAGAGGGAAAUCUCACACAACCUAUCAAGCUCAAAUUUGAUAGCUAAGGUGAUAAAUAAUACCAACAUGACAAAUACUCUCGGUAGAAAUGGUACAGAUGUCUUAAAAAAAUUAUCUCCUAUAGCUUCCACAUCCUCUCCUGAAGAUUCGAUAUUUAGAAAUAUUAUUAGAAGGAUAAAUUUUUUGGAAAAUAAUUCUACAAUGAUAAUUCUUUAUGUUGAAGAACAAAGUAAAUUGCUUUCUAAGUCUUUCCAUCAACUAGAGACGAUAUAUCUCAACCGUUUUGACCAUUUAGUUAGUACUUUUAAUGUUACAGUUAUGAACAACAUUAACAUAUUAAAAGAGUUUGCCAAACAAUUAAAAGAGGAAUCUUUAAUACUACUGGAAGAACAAAAAAGAAAUAAUGAAGAUUUUAAUAACAAAAAUCAAUAUAGAAUUCAAAAACUGGAAGAAGAUAUCCGCUUCCAGAGGAAAAUGCUGAUUUUAUUCAUAUUUAUUUUGCUAUUUAUGUGUUAUCAUCAAACUAUAAAGUACCUCUUAUAUAAGAGAAAGUUAAACACUAAUAAGGCAGAAAUUUCAAAAAUUUUGAAAAUAAAUGACCACGAGCAUUAA